GGCAGGAGAAGAAGAUGAGCUUCCACAAGGAGGACGGUGUGGGGAGCCUGUGUCACAAGGCGCUGCAGAUCAUCUCCGAGCUGUGCCUGGGGGGGCAAGUGGAGUGGGAGAAGUGCUCAGGCAUCUUCCCGCUGGAGACCACCAAACAAGGUAUAGGCACCACAGACAUCUCAGUCAGUCUGCUCGCAGUGGUCGUCAGCUUCUGUGGGCUUGCCUUGCUGGUCGUCUCGCUUUUUGUUUUCUGGAAGUUAUGUUGGCCAUGCUGGAGAAGCAAACCUCUGACUUCCAACUCCACUAAUAUCCCUCAGAGCAACUCUAAUGCUCCCACUGAGGUUUUUGAGACCAAUGAGAAAAAGGAGAUUAAAGAAAAUGGCAAACCUUCAGCAAAAAUCCUUGAGGCUGCCAUAAAAAUCAGUCACACUUCACCUGACAUUCCAGCCGAGGUUCAGAAUGCAUUGAAAGAACAUCUAAUCAAACAUGCACGCAUGCAGAGGCAGAUCACUGAGCCUACAUCAUCAUCCAGGCACAAUUCUUUCAGGAGGCACUUGCCAAGGCAGAUGCAAGUUUCCAGUGUUGAUUUUAACAUGGGGACCGAUCCGAUUUUGCAAAGGGGAGAGACAACGACCAGCAUUGGGCGAAUAAAACCAGAACUCUAUAAACAGAAAUCUGUUGAUUCAGAUGGCCAGAAAGAAGAUGUGAAAACCUGUGGAAAGCUUAACUUUACUCUCCGGUAUGAUUAUGAAAAUGAACUUCUUGUUGUUACAAUUAUCAAAGCCUUAGAUCUGCCUGCUAAAGACUUCACAGGAACAUCAGACCCCUACGUUAAGAUUUACCUUCUUCCAGAUAGGAAAAAGAAGUUUCAGACACGGGUUCACAGAAAGACUUUAAAUCCUGUCUUUGAUGAAAUCUUUCAGUUUCCUGUAGCCUAUGAUCAACUCAGCAACAGGAAACUGCAUUUCAGUGUAUAUGAUUUUGACAGAUUUUCUAGACAUGACAUGAUUGGGGAAGUUAUUCUUGAUAACCUUUUUGAAGUCUCUGAUCUCUCCAGGGAAGCCACUGUAUGGAAAGACAUCCACUGUGCCACCACAGAAAGCAUAGAUUUGGGUGAAAUCAUGUUUUCCCUUUGUUAUUUACCCACUGCUGGGAGAAUGACAUUAACAGUCAUCAAAUGUAGAAAUCUCAAGGCCAUGGACAUUACUGGCUCUUCAGAUCCAUAUGUCAAAGUAUCACUGAUGUGUGAGGGGAGAAGACUGAAAAAACGGAAAACAACCACAAAGAGAAACACACUCAAUCCAGUUUAUAAUGAGGCCAUCAUCUUUGAUAUCCCUCCAGAAAAUGUGGAUCAGGUCAGCCUCUCCAUUGCUGUGAUGGAUUACGAUCGAGUAGGGCACAAUGAGGUGAUUGGGGUAUGUAGGACAGGAAUUGAAGCUGAAGGACUUGGAAGAGAUCACUGGAAUGAAAUGCUGGCUUAUCCCCGUAAACCAAUAACUCACUGGCAUCCACUAGUAGAGUUACCUGGCCGAGCAACCAGUUUUGAUAGCCAGGGGUCUUGUUCAUCACCAAAACCACCUCCUACACCCUAG